UACCAGAAGUACAUCUGUACCACGUUUCAGUGAUCAGAGUAUUACUGUAUACAAAAACAGUUUUGCUAUCCCUUGAAGGGUGAAUUUACAAAGCCUGUCUGGCCCAGCAGCUGUCGGGAAUAUUAACGGAAAUUAAGUACUCCACUGUACAAUUUCAUCUGAAAACAGGAAAUUACAAUUCCCAUAAAGCAACGCGCGGACACAAGAUUAUAUUUCCACCCGGAAGGGAAGUACUGGGUUGUUAGAAGUGAUGACUGAUCAUUCAAUGUAUUUGCUGAUGGAACCGUUUUCCUUACUGUACUGCGUCUAAAUUGCAGUAUGUGUCGAAUUUUCAUGGACGGGAUACUAGUCAUGGCAGAGAGGUUCCUUCAUCUUCAAAUGUUAACGUAUAUACUGACUGACUAAUGCUUAACUUGUAAAAUGAAGGAUUUGAUGUGGCAAGGGAACUGCUAAUAAGCUGUGAUAUUGCCUCUCUGAGAUUUGGAAUGUACCUCUCGUUAGAGUGCUGUUUUAGUUAGUUUUUAUUUUGAUAGCAUAUAUUUGCAUUUGUCGGUUGGAAGGAUAACUCCGAAACUGAAAAUGUUGAAGAAGAACUCCUUUACUACUCUUAUAGUUGGAGUAUUUGUUGUGUAUGUCUUGCAUACCUGUUGGGUGAUGUAUGGCAUUAUCUACACAAAACCUUGCGAAGGGAACGAGAACUGUAUUGAACCAUAUUUGGCUAGGAAGCCUAAACUCCAGCUGAGCAUAUAUACCACUACAAGGUCCAGUAUUACUUCAGAGACCAACAUAGACCUGAUUUUCAGUGUAGACAAUUUUAAUAUUGACUCCAAAUUUGAAAGGAUAGUGAAUGUUUCCAUACCAAAGAAAACACGAAGCAAUGGUACACUUUAUGCCUAUAUAUUUCUACACCAUGCUGACCUUCCUCUGUGGCAUGAUAGCAGGCAAGUGCAUGCUGUUAGCCAACUGACUACUUAUACGUUACCACGACCUGAAGAAAUCAACCUCAUCACAGGAGAAACAACUACUGAGACAGAACCACACAAGGCAGAACCUAAUGUCCCAGGUGAACCUGUUUCUCACUGGAGAUCAAGGUUGUCACUGAAUGUUAUGGCAGAUAACUUCAGAUUUGAUGGCUCCUCUCUUCCUUCUGAUGUACAUAGAUACAUGAAGAUGAUCCAACAAGGAAAGAAGAUACAGUACCUUCCUAUUUUGUUUAUCGACCAGCUGAGCAACCGAAUGAAGGAUUUAAUGAUAAUUAAUAGUUCUACAGUGGAGCUGCCUCUAACAAUCUGCUAUGAUAAAAUUUCUCUCGGAAAACUUCGAUUCUGGAUCCAUAUGCAAGAUGCUGUAUACUCCCUUCAGCAGUUUGGUUUUACAGAGAAAGAUGCAGAUGAAGUGAAGGGGAUCUUUGUGGAUACAAAUCUGUAUUUCCUGGCUCUGACUUUCUUUGUUGCAGCAUUCCAUCUUUUGUUUGAUUUUUUGGCCUUUAAAAAUGACAUCAGCUUUUGGAAGAGAAAGAAGACAAUGGUUGGAAUGUCAACAAAAGCAGUGCUUUGGCGUUGUUUCAGUACGGUAGUGAUAUUCCUUUUUCUGUGGGAUGAACAGACAAGUUUGCUGGUACUUAUACCUGCUGGUGUUGGAGCAGUGAUUGAGGUAUGGAAAGUGAAAAAAGCAUUGAAACUGAAUAUCCAGUUUAAAGGCUUAAUACCAGCAUUCCAGUUUGGAUCAUAUAAUAAAGCGGAAAGACAGACUGAAGAAUAUGAUACUCAGGCAAUGAUGUAUUUGUCAUAUAUACUUUAUCCACUCUGUAUUGGAGGAGCAGUAUAUUCACUGUUGUAUGUCAAAUACAAAAGCUGGUAUUCGUGGUUAAUCAACAGUUUGGUCAAUGGUGUUUAUGCUUUUGGAUUCCUCUUCAUGCUACCACAGUUGUUUGUUAAUUAUAAGCUGAAGUCAGUGGCACAUUUACCGUGGAAGGCAUUUAUGUAUAAGGCAUUUAACACCUUCAUUGAUGAUGUCUUUGCUUUUAUCAUCACAAUGCCAACAUCCCAUAGAUUGGCAUGCUUCAGGGAUGAUGUGGUAUUUCUCGUUUAUCUGUACCAAAGAUGGCUUUAUCCUGUAGAUAAAAGCAGAAUAAAUGAAUAUGGUGAAAGCUACGAAGAUCGGGCUAAAAUUAAACCUCAUGAAAAUUAGAGAGAAUGCUGCAGUUGUUGAUAUCGCAUCCUUAGAAUGACCUUCAACUGUAAACCUGGACACUUGAUUGGCUCGCUUGGAGAUCUUCUAUGAUCAGGCAUUACAGAAGUUCCUUUGGAUUUGCAUGAACAAUAUAUUUUCUGCAUUGCCAAAUGUCUCAUUUAUCAAAUAUUUUCUGUACAUUUUGUUGCUGCUCCUCUUAUCAUUGUAAAGGAGGUGUGGUAUAUUGAUAAAUAAAACUGUUUCAUCAGUCUGCACUAUAAGAGACUAUUGACCAGGCUAAAAACUGUUGAAGCAGUAAUUCAGGGAAGUGAAUGUGAAAAAGUGGAAGCUUAAUCUCUUUUGGAGAACUGUAAUGAACUGGCUUCUUCAGAAUGAUGAAAAUUCAUUCAACCCUCUUUACAGCAAAGGAAAACUGGUGACCAUCAAAACAUUAUUUCAGAGUUUUGUGUUUUUAUUUAAGAAUGAACUUUAUUCCAUUGUUGAGAGAUAAUUGUUCUUGAAUGUGUUUUUAUUUUCUACUUGUAUGUUCAUUUUGUUUGGGAACAUUCUUCUACAUUUUAAGUAUUAAACAACAGCAGGGUAGCAAAGACCUGAAAGACUCUACAUUUGGUGCUGUGAGAAAGCCACGAGUAACUGUGCCUCAAGAGGAGGAGUGGACAGUGUUUUUAUUUUUUAUUUUUCCUACAUAUAUUAAAUUCCCCAUUUUAGGAAGAGAGAGAGAACACCUUUCUACUGAAGUGGGUAGAAAGAAAAAUGUAUAGUACUUCCUACUUUGUUUCUGGCAUCUAGACUUUCAUGAUAGCACUAACAUUUUUGUUGAGUGAAAAGUUUAAAAAUGGAUAUAUCCAAAUGAAAAAAAGAUGGUGAGUAUAUGCAGUGUAACCACCAGUAAUGAAUCCUACUGUUUAAGUGGUUAUAAAAUAAUUAUUUUUCAUUGUUCUACUUUAAAUUUAUACAUGGACCUCUCUGUUUAAUAAUUCAUUUGCAGCUUGAUGUCUUUAUUUGCUAAGCUACAGUCUUCCGCCUCCUUGGCAAAAUGCUGUCAUAAUGCAUGUUAACAUCCUGCUGUUAGCAGUUCAUUAUCUUUAAACCUGUUAACUAGGCUGUUAUUUCAGAGUCAGAUGUUACAUAAUAGCAUAUCAGAGAUUUUUUUUAUUUUUUUUAUACAAGGACCACUUCUUACUAGCUGGCAGUAGUUGUGAUUGCUACCUCUCCUCCUUUGGAGUUUAAGACACUAGGGCAAUUAAUGUUUCAUAAUGUAAUAAAUGCUGAAAAUCUGUGUACAUAAUAGAUCUGAAAGAAUUUUUCACUGACAGGGAGGAGUAUCUUAUAGUUUAUAAAUAUUUAUUGAGUAUUCCUUUUCAUUGUUCAAGUCAUGGUACUUUUCAAAGUGCAAUAUUUGUGUGUGCAUGUUGAGACUGCUACAUUUGUUUAAUAAUUUUUAUGCAGUUAUUUCUGUUUGAAAACAUUUGUUCCCAUAGUAACUCAAUGUGAUUAACAUUCUGCCAUUUUCCUCUCCAUCACUCAGUCAUGCUUAACCAUAUUGCCUUCAAUGCUCAAGUUAUGUAUUGUGCUUGUCUUGUAAGACCAACAUCAUGUCUUUUUCUACCAGUUGCUGCCAAGCAGAGAGCACUCAGUAAUGCGUGGUACAUCCUCUAUCUGUUUGCCAUUUUUUAUUAUCCCUGAAUCCUUCCUGAAUCCUUUUUCCUGUGCUUUACACAGCCAGCAAACCAGAUUAAAAACACACCUCUCUGACAACUGGUGUAAUUUGCAAAAAAAUCUAACUACCAUCAAGUAUUGUUAAGUGGUCACACCAGUUGCUGAGAGUGUAUUGUAACCAGGAUGUUACAGUUUAAAAUUGUGUAAUAUGUUCUAUUCACUGGUUAGGCAAUGUGAUUUCCAAGUGUUGUAAUCAAACCAUCAAUUUUAGUGAUCUACAGAUCAUCUUUUUCCAGAUUUUAAGGCCCCAAAAUGUUGAACGCAUUUGAGAGAAUCAAAUGUACAUUUGUUGACACUGAACAUAGUGUUGCCUUUUGUCUUUAACAUCCAGCUUCACACCCAUAAAUGCUGUGCAUCUCAAAGCUUAUAUUGCAUCAAACUUCUUGCUGUACUUAUUGAAAACAGAUAUUAUAAUGGUCAACAUAAUGCCGGCAACAGACUGUACAUUCAAAGGAAUAUGUUUUUACAUUCCAUAUGGUAAUAAAAAUCUAAUAAAAGA